AUGUCGCUGAACGCAAGUGUUCUCUUGAACAGGCUAUUGGCUCUUAAGGAGCCUACACCGUUUCUCCUUGUUCUCGACUCGCUUCUUCAAUCUGCCCAUUACUUGCUCUCUGAGUUUGCCCAUCACAAUAAUUCCAAAAUCAUCUUUCUAUCCUACGAAACAACAAAUAUUCCACUGUAUGCUUCUGAAUGGUUGGAUUGCUCAACAGUGUCAACAGCAGAAAUCUCUGACUUUGUCAAGAAAAACUCUCCUCCAACUACGGGUACGUUGGUGAUAAUAGAUUCCCUCAACUAUGUCACCAACACUGAAAUCACACAAUUUCUCACGAGCAUCAUACAACCCUCAGUCACUAUAUUGGGUGUAUAUCACACGAAUGUGCCGCAAGAACAGAGCAAAAUAUUGAAUUAUCCUUCUUCUCUAACUCUACUUUCAUACAUUGCUUCUUCUAUAUUUGAAGUAGAGUACUUUCCACACCACAAGAUAGACUUGGAAACUCUCGAAAACAAGAUUUCCCGCUUGGAAAUCCCUGUAAACUUAGGCUUAAACGGCUCAACCUUCAAAUUAACGUUGUCGAAUAGAAGAAAAUCAGGAAGAACGCUCAUAUACCAGUAUGAAAUCAACUCCACAACUCAUACAUACGAAAUUCACAAAUCUGUAAAAGAUGACGCUAACCCAGAAGAUGAAGAGUUGCUCAAAGAUUUGACGACAUUCAAUUUGUCCACAAGCAACAAGCAGAAAUUGGCUAGAGAGCAGGUGGAGUUGCCAUACAUGCAAGCGCAGGAGUCGUUGGGUUCUUCUGGAGGUGCCAUUGUCUACGAAUUUGAGAAGGAUGACGAUUAUGACGAAGAAGACCCCUACGAAGAUCCAUUCUAGAACUAUGUUCUAGAGAUCUUAAAUAUUGCAUUCUCUAGAAUAGAUAGCUUAUUUAUCUAAAGACAAAUAAAGACAAUUU